AUGGCUGAACCGUCUCAGCGCACGUUGUGGUGUGCUUUCUCAGACAAUAUCGAUACCGUGUUUCCUAUAGACUGCAUUCUCGGUGUUGAUACUAUUGGCCACGUUAAACGGAAGAUUCGGUCGGAAAGUCAACCCAAGCUUGCUCAUGUUGCUUCCUGGGAACUCGAUCUCUACAGCCCUUCCAGCCCAGUCAAGAAUAUUCCUACGAGGGAGAACCUUGUACAUCUCCAUCCGCGCGAACGAAUAUUAUCCGACUUUCCUCGAUCCAAUGAUCCAGACAUUGAUAUUAUUGUUAUACGACCAGAAGAACAACAGCAUUCUACUGCUACCCAAGUAUCAAAACUUGCGGAAGUCAUUGAUUCACAAAACAUCGUCCACGUACGUGGUACCCCAGCAAGUGGAAAGUCAACACUUUCUCUUCUGUUGAGGGACUAUUAUCGCUGGAAUGGAAGAAUAGUUUUCUGGCUUGGGAUAUGGGAACAAAAUCUUCGGGACUUUGGUGAUGAGGACCCUUGGGCGAAUCUGGCUCGAUAUAUCAGGCGCAACUACCCGAGGCUUGAUAAGAAACAGAAUAUAUUUGCCAAUGGUAAUGUGAUCAUCAUCGAUGAAGCACAAACAUCAUAUGGGGACACUGCAUUAUGGAAUCAAAUUAUUAAAGAUAUCCAUGGUGGGAUCGGAUAUAAGGUAAAGCUGUGUCUUUUCUGUUCAUAUGGCAGCCCGUCAGAAGGCCUACCAUAUAACAGGAGGGAUCACGGCACACCUGUGGGCUUUGGUUGCGCUCAACGCAUUUCAUUGACUCCAUCAGGAGAGCUUGGGUCACCACCAAUAGGCCUCUUCUACAAUAGGGACGAAUUUGAAAUAGUCGUGACGAAAUUAUGUUCUUCCGAUCCUGUUGAAAAGUAUAUCAUCGACAAUGACGCUCGAAACUAUAUAUUCAAUUUCACGAAUGGUCAUCCCGGGGCUGUGAGCUCAAUAGUAUACUAUCUUUUCCAGGUGUACCGCUCACAGGUGAAGCAUAAAGAUAUUUCUACAAUAACACAAGAUUAUGUGACUCAAGCCUUGGCGGAUGACAAUAAGGUCUUUAGUGGUCUUGAUGGAUUUGCUGUCUCUCGAUCUUUUCCUCGUCCAAGGAAACUUACAUCAGAAGCUAAGAAUACACUGAUCACAAUAAUAGAAGAUGGAUAUAUUCUAUUUGAUGAAUCAGUUGAUAGUAUUAGAUGCUGUUAUGAAAAUGGCUGGAUUCAAAGAGCAGUUCUAGAGGAUGACGCUCAACAGCCAAAUGGUGUUGGUGUUCUGCCAUCACGUUUACAUGAGAAAUAUGUUGAGUACCUUAUUGCUAAGCGACCAACAACGUUCCCAGACGAGGCCUUUCCUACGAUUGAAAGCUUAUGUCAGAAGGUCCUUGAGCACUUCUCCUCAAAGAAUCUUAGGCAUUGUCUGGAAGGCAAAUUGUCAACUGCGGCAAAGCUUCGACCAGUGGAGGCGCAGUAUCAGGAUGAAUUCUACAGGGCUUUCAACGCUGUAGUAGGUCGAGGUGUGCCAAUAUCCAGUGAAUGGUCCCGGGAGGGUGAUGGCCGAGUCGACUUCUGGAUUCCACAAAAGAAAUGGGGGAUCGAGCUACUUAGAGAUCACAAUCGAGUUAACGAACAUUGUGAUCGAUUUAAGAAGGGUGGACGAUAUUACCCAUGGAUUGAAGCUGGCAUGCUCGAGGAUUGGAUAGUAAUUGACUGUGCCACAUCUCCACCCAUUAGUGGUACGUAG